UGAUACCCACACCAAGCUAAAAUACUUGUCUGACCAAAGAACAGAAAAAAUGGGUUUGAAGACCUUAUUUGUGAACCGAGUGUUGUUUAGAAAUACACUUCUUCUCAUUUGGGACAGGGCAGCUGCAGGAUUUACUAUGCUUACUCUGCUGCUGAGUGAUAAGACUUUUGGAGGAAAUCCUUUUGUUCCUUUUAUUGGGCAAGCAUCUCUUCAUAUACCAGCCAUAAGUCUGUCCCAUUAUGUUGGCAACAAAUUUGGAAGAAGAUGUUCACAUUUAUUUGUAGUGCUAACUGCUGCUAUUGUAUCCUACCUUACUGUCUGCUCAAUCACAGUCUCUUCACCACAGUGGGUGAUAACUACCAGCUCUCUGUUUAUUCAAUUCUGUAAUCAAGCAUCGCUCUCACUCACAAACUUACAGAGCAUGGAGAUACAUCCAACAUGUGUUAGACAAACCAGUGUGGCCAUGGAAUACAUGCUUUCAAAUGCCAUUAAUUGUGUGGCUCCAUAUGUCGCAUAUGUGGGAACAGAAAUGGAGCUCCGCUACAUGUUUGGUAUACUUGGAACUACAAUGCUUUUUACUUCACUUUCAAUAUCAUUUCUGCCAGAGUCUUUGAAUCAGAAGCUUCCAGAGACAAUACAGGAUGCUACUGCGUAUGGCCAGAGGCAGAAAUAUUGGAGACUUUCACAGAAGAAACAUUGUGAAAUAGAAACUGCUAACUUACAUUCACCUGAUCCUGCAAGAUGACAAUUUUCAUACAAGAAUUGAUCUUUUACACUGCGAAAAAAUUCAGAGUAACACUUCACACUUAUGUUUUCCAUCUUAUCAUUAUUUCUUCACUGAGGAUCCAUAUGCUACUAACUGGAUCUUUAAUUAAAAACAAGACAUAGCUUACAAUAUACAGAGAAAACAUCAGUGAUGAAAUCAGCACAUGGAAGUUACUAUACGUA